AUGGAAGAUCCUGACAAGAAAACUGAAGUUGUCCUGCUGGCCUGUGGGUCCUUCAAUCCCAUUACCAACAUGCACCUAAGGCUAUUUGAGCUGGCCAAAGACUAUUUUCAUGAAACAGGAAAAUACAAAGUAAUCAAAGGCAUCAUUUCACCAGUAGGUGAUGCAUAUAAGAAGAAAGGUCUGAUCAGUGCGAAUCACCGAGUAACUAUGGCAAAACUAGCUACGGAAGACUCAGGUUGGGUGGAAGUUGAUGAUUGGGAAAGCAGCCAGAGUGAGUGGUUGGAAACACUGAAAGUUUUAAGGUACCAUCAUCAAAAGCUUUUAUCUCCUGAUCCCACUAAUAGUCUGCAGAAUGCUAUACCUUUAACAAAGCCAGGACGGAAGAGGAAACAGGAGCCAAAUAGGCAUGACCCCGUUAAAAAGAAAAAUCAGAGUCCAGAUAUAAAAAGUGUCCCACAGCUUAAACUGCUUUGUGGAAGUGACAUUCUGGAAUCUUUUGGGAUCCCAAAUCUGUGGAAACAGGAGGACAUCACUGAAAUUGUGGAAAAUCAUGGCCUUGUGUGCAUCAGUAGGGCUGGAAACAACGUUCAGAAAUUCAUCUAUGAAUCCGAUGUUUUGUGGAGACAUAAGAAUAACAUUCACCUUGUGGAAGAAUGGAUCACAAAUGACAUUUCCUCCACCAAGAUUAGGAGAGCGCUGCGGAGGGGCCAGAGCAUUCGUUACCUAGUGCCUGAUGUAGUUCAAGCAUACAUAGAGAAAAAUAAUCUGUAUAGUCCAGAGAGUGAAGACAGGAAUGCUGGGGUUGUCUUGGCUCCCUUACAGAAAUACACGAGUGAUUCCAAUAACUAA